ACCGAACGCACUCGAUUAGGAAGUAUACGCCAGACACACUCGCGCUCAUCCCAUCUACCUUUGUCUCUUCAUCCUUUUGAUAUCCAUCGCUAUGGCCAAGGUUCCGCGGAACUUCCGCCUUUUGGAAGAGCUCGAGAAGGGCGAGAAGGGCAUCGGAGACGGGUCGUGCUCGUAUGGUCUCGAGGAUGGCGACGAUAUCAUGAUGAGCCAUUGGAAUGGCACGAUCAUUGGUCCAGGACAUACCGUGCACGAGAACCGCAUCUACAGCCUCAAGAUCACUUGUGGCGAUCACUACCCUGAGGAACCGCCUAACAUCCAAUUUAUCUCUCGGGUCAACCUGCCAUUUGUUAGUCAAUUCGAUGGGAAGGUCGACACGUCGAAGCUGCCCGUACUUGCCCAUUGGAACAGGAACAGCAGUAUUGAGACAGUCCUAGUAGAGAUCCGAAGGUGUGUCACACACUUCACCCUUUACCCUCUCUCCAUCCUCAUGUCAACUUACGAUACAGGGAGAUGGCAUCCUUUAACAACAGGAAAUUGCCCCAGCCUCCCGAGGGCAGUACCUUCUAACCACAUCGAGAGCUCCGUCACGAAUCCUGGACACGUUUAAGGCCCAAUGUACUAAAGAUACUUGAGACUAUCACUGGACCGAAUCAUUUCCGCGCACAUCGGUUGGGACCAUGAUCGAGUGCCAUCUUCGCUCACGUUGGAUGCGCAACUUGCGCUAAGUCUCGUCACCCAUCAUCAAUGUCCCCACCCUCGGCGAGUUAUUCUGCAAGGUUGUGCUGCACCACGCGUUUGAGUACAUCGAUUAUCGCCACGCCCUCUACUACGUUCACGGUACGCC